CGGGACGGCGCGGAUCGUGCAGUCAGAAGAAUUUACUUCAAGUGUGCACAGCUUUAAGAAUAAGACUUCUAAAAAAUCCAAAGUUUGUGGGAUUUGCAAGCAAAUUAUUGAUGGUCAAGGGAUUUCAUGUCCAGCCUGCAAGUAUUCCUGCCACAAGAAAUGUGAAGCUAAGGUUCUGCGGCUUCCCCUGCCACCUGCAUCUCUCAUUUGUCACAAACCGUUCAGGUUGCCAGCUCUGAGUUGCACCAUGGAAAACAGCCACGAGCUGGACCUCACUUACAUCACUGAGCGCAUCAUUGCCGUGUCCUUCCCUGCGGGCUGCUCGGAGGAGUCCUACCUGCAUAACCUGCAGGAGGUCACGCGCAUGCUGAGGUCCAAACAUGGGGACAACUACCUGGUAUUAAACCUUUCAGAGAAGAAGUAUGACCUGACAAAGCUUAACCCAAAGAAAGGAAAAGAGAAGAAAGGAAAACAAAAGAAAAGAAAGAAAAGUGCCAGUCCUCCAUCUGGAAGUGAAGAGGAAGCUGCUGAAAAUGGUGUACCUAAACCGAAAGUGACUGAAAAUGAAUAUGAUAGUGGCAGUGACAGUGAUGAUGAUGAGGAUGAUGUUCAUGUCACUAUCGGAAACAUUAAAACGGGAGCACCACAGUAUGGGAGUUACGGAACAGCAUCAGUGAAUCUUAAUAUCAAGACAGGAGGAAGAGUUCAUGGAACUACAGGAACAGAAAUCAAAGGGGUAGAGCUCGAUGCACCUAGAAGUAUUAAUGGAGUUCCACUCUUGGAGGUAGAUUUGGAUUCUUUUGAAGAUAAACCAUGGUGUAAACCUGGCACUGACCGUUCUGAUUAUUUUAAUUAUGGGUUUAACGAAGAUACCUGGAAUGUUUACUGUGAAAAAUGAAAAAGGAUACGAAUGGGGCUUGAAGUUAUACC